UUGUCGCAUAUGUCUCCCGUGAUCCCACGUGUGUUUUUCGGGUUGUUGGAAUCCUUCUCCUCCACGGUACCCACGGAAUAAUCCAGAGAGGCUACCCUGCGUGCGGCUGCGGAGAGGCCCGAGGAUGAAGGCGCGAAAAAGCAAAAAACGGGCCCCGAGCUUUCGGAAACUUCUGAAAACUAGUAAAGUCAAACUUGACAACAAGUUAAAAAAUAAACAAUAUAAACAGCAAAGUACUGCCAAGAAAUACAGAAAAGAACAAAGGAAACUUAGACAAGCCGUGAAAGAUGUUGUAUCUAAGAAGCCUGUUCCAUUGGAGGAUAGAAAGCACGUAUUUAGAGCUCAAAGAACAGAGGAGGAGGAGGAAGAAGAAGCCCUUCCUUUGGACAUGAUGGAUGAAGACGACUUGCAGUUACUGAAAGAUUUAGGUCAAAUGCCAUCUUUUUUAACUAGAGAUCUUUCUUCUAGUGAGCCUGUUCAUGUCAAGAAACGGAAGCAGGAGAGCAUAAUAGACAAAUACGAGAAAGUACCAAGACGACUGCAAACUGAGCCAGAAAAAGAAGUAAUUCACCUACUUCCAAUAAAAGACAAGUGCGGUAUUAUUCCACAGACCAGAGAGAAGCCAGUUGUCAAUAUUAACACAAAUGAAGAGGAAGAGCAAGAAGAAAUGGAGUUUGAAGAAGUGGUUACUGAGAAUCCCAUGCCAAAGCUAACUACAGAAGAGUAUAUAAUUGAGAGGCAGAGGAAACUACAGGACAGAAAAAUACACAUUGCUGCUUUGGCAUCUGCUAUCUUAUCUGAUCCAGAGUCCAAUAUUAAGAAGUUGAAAGAAUUGCGUGCCAUGCUCAUGGAACAGGAUCCUGAUGUAGCUGUCAUUGUACGAAAAUUGGUGAUGGUUUCCCUGAUGGAGCUAUUUAAAGACAUUACUCCUUCCUACAAAAUUCGACCUCUAACAGAAACAGAAAAGGCAUCCAAGGUCAGAAAAGAAACCCAGAAACUUAGAGAAUUUGAAGAAGGCCUAGUAAGCCAAUAUAAAUUUUAUUUGGAAAAUCUGGAACAAAUAAUUAAAGAUUGGAAGCAAAGAAAACUGAAGAAAAGUAAUGUCGUCUCCUUAAAGGCAUAUAAAGGUCUGGCAGAGGUUGCUGUGAAGAGCCUGUGUGAGCUGUUGGUAGCACUCCCUCAUUUUAACUUCCACAAUAAUAUUAUUGUGUUGAUUGUCCCUCUUAUGAAUGACAAGUCAAAACUGAUUUCUGAAAUGUGUUGUGAGGCAGUACAGAAGCUCUUUAAACAAGAUAAACUAGGCCACACCUCUCUUGGUGUCAUUAAAGUGAUAUCUGGUUUUGUGAAGAGCCAAAAUUAUGUUGUUAGGCCAGAGUUGUUAAAAUCAUUCCUGUAUCUAAGAAUCAAAGAAAUAGAAGUGAAGAAAGACACAGAAGACAUUAAUGCACCCAAAAAGUUCAUGUCUUACAAGGAGAAGAGAAAAUCUCUUUCAAGAAUGCAAAGGAAGUGGAAGAAAGCAGAGGAGAAACUAGAACGAGAACUUCGGGAAGCAGAGGCUUCAGAGAGUACUGAAAAAAAGAUGAAACUGCACACUGAGACGCUGAACAUGGUGUUUGUAACCUACUUUAGAAUACUGAAGAAAGCCCAGAGGUCACCUCUUCUGCCAGCAGUGCUAGAAGGUCUUGCCAAGUUUGCACACCUUAUAAAUGUGGAGUUUUUUGAUGACUUAUUAGUCGUUCUGCAUACUCUCAUUGAAUCUGGUGAACUAAACUAUCGAGAGUGCCUUCAUUGUGUGCAUACUGCUUUCCACAUUCUUUCCGGCCAAGGUGAUGUUCUAAAUAUCGAUCCUAUGAAGUUCUAUACACAUCUCUACAAAACCUUGUUUAAAUUACAUGCAGGUGCUACCAAUGAGGAUGUGGAAAUCGUCCUUCAGUGUCUUGACGUUAUGCUAACCAAACGCAGAAAGCAGGUUUCUCAGCAGCGAGCCCUUGCUUUCAUAAAACGCCUUUGUACCCUGUCUCUUCAUGUCCUGCCAAAUUCAAGUAUUGGCAUUCUUGCAACUAACAGAGUUUUGAUGCAUACCUUUCCAAAGACAGAUCUACUGCUUGACAAUGAAUCUCAGGGGAGUGGAAUUUUCCUUCCUGAACUGGAUGAACCAGAGUACUGCAAUGCUCAGAACACUGCACUUUGGGAAUUGCAUGCACUUCGGAGACAUUACCAUCCUGUGGUUCAGAGAUUUGCAUCUCACCUGAUUGCUGGAGCGCCCUCUGAAGGUUCUGAAGCUCUCAGACCAGAUUUGAGUCGGAGAUCAGCUACAGAACUUUUUGAAACUUACAGUAUGAAGACAAUGACGUUUAAUCCUCCUGUUAUGUCAGCCAGUACCUCAAAGAAGGAUAAAACUUUCCAUGCGGAUUCAUAUCUAAAUGAAGAUUUAAACCAACUAAUAAGAACUCAUUGCAAUGAAACUACUAUUCAACUGCCUUUGGAUUUCACCAGAUACUUAAAAACAUCGGUGCAAUAGGAAGAUAGCUGGAAGAAAAUGAUUACAUAUGUAUACCUAUUGGCAUCAUUUGUUUUAGCCUACCUUUGUGAAGGUAAUGCUGAGAAUUGAUGACCAAAGACCUAGUGUUGACUACUUUACCAGCUAGUGAGAAUAUGUGAGAAAGGAGAAAAGGAGGUAUUUUCUCAAAUAUUUUGUGACUAAUUUGCUGGUAAUUUUUGUACAGUAUAUAUUAAAUUGUAGUAAGAUUUUGAAAUUCCUGAAUACUUGUAUUUAGUGGCUGAGUUGUUGUCUGCAUAAUGUUUUCCAUGAAAAAAAUGCCCUUUGGUAGAAUGCUUUUUUGCAGCCAACACUUGUUUAUAACCAAACAAAACGUUUUUGUUUAAUUUCAACAUUGGUAUUUUUUAUGAAAGAUGUUUUCUUUAUGCUCAGUAUAUAUUUUACUAAAUUUUUUUAAAAGCUUUAAUUCUAACAGUUUCUCAGCGACCUAAUGGAGUAAUGAAGACAUCAGUCAGAUUUGCCUCUGACUUAAAGCUUGAGGUAUAGCUUGAUCUUUUAUUGACUAUCAGGACACCAAAAUGAUCUUGGCAGGUUCAAAUUAUGGGCUGAAUCUUGAGGAAACUUACUAGCACUAGGUGAUCCUGGUGUAGUAGAAAGAGCACUAGACCAAUAUGGAGAGAAUCGGUUCAGAUACCAUUUCUAGCACUUUCCUAAACAAGAUGAGUAUUGGGAGGCCCUUCCAGUUCUAAAUUUAUGAUUCUAUUAAAAAGUUGACUUCUAAAAUAGGUCUUAAUGUUAAUUCCCAAGCCACAAAGAAUCUGAAUUUUCAAAAGCAGCAGCACACAUUUUUAAAUAUCAUUUGGAAAAAUGCUCAAUGUCAUUUCUCACACUCACCAGAUUAGCAAAAGAUCAUUAAAAGCAGUGACUUCCAGGAGUGGCAGCAGGAGCAGGCACAUAAUUCUUUAUUGCUGGUAAAAUUUCAAACUUGUAAAAUUUGUUUGGAAGGUAGUCUGGAAAUACCAAAUAAAAGUUACUUAAGUAAUCAAA